AUGGGCUGUUACGGCCUCUCCAAUACUAAAACCAAGUCUGCUCGCUCGCCGACUCUUCGCUCGACGACCCUUGAGAUCUUUUGGGAUCCAGCGUCGGCGAAACUCCUCCAGUCGGUGUCUGGUGUACACACUCGGCCCGGACUGACUGCAACCACCGACCUGCGGACUCAGAACUCGCUAUACCACAACCCCCGGCGCUCGUCAUCUUGCCCGUCGACCUGUCUGUUCACACGUCGUUGCAUCGCUCUGGACACUGCGUGGCAGGCUGCGGUCGGCUUGACGUCAAGCCCACCACCAGCAACUACUUCGCGCCGCUCCGUUUAUGCUUCCCCAGCGGCGACACUGGACGAUGGAGCUUCGCUUCAUGUGAAAGUUGAGAACCUCCAUGCUUCAUCUGCAUCGGAAGACCCGUCGUCGGUUCCUGCCUCGUCGGGUGCUGGAUCUGGGGCGUCGGUGGGACGACCGCUGACUCUCGCUGACUUGGAGCGCGUUCUCGAGCUGCGCGGCAAUCGGAUGGAGUACAAGAUGGCCGAGCGAGAGACCAAAAUGUGCAAGCUGCUUGCGUGCUUGUUCGCCAAGCCACCGGUGGAUCCAUCUCCUGAGCUGUAUCGUCGACUCCAGAACGCGUCGUCAAUCGACGAGUUGCUGCCAGCGCUUGAAGGCCAGGUCGUCGAUGGACCUCACCCUGCUGCAGUCGCUGGCGAGAAAGCUGCGGAAGCCUUUGCUGAGCGCACGCGCGCUGACCUCCUGCAGCACAACCUCUGUGAAGCAGCCAAGGAGAUCGCCGCCCUCCGCGAGGCAGCUGCGACAUCCAAUGCGCUGGCCCGCUCACUCAAGGAGGAGGCGGCUCGCCUUAUCGACUCGAGCAACGAAGGGCAGCUCAGCAUGCAGCUGCUGGACACUGAGCGGAAGAGCUUCCUCGCCGAGAAGCAGCUUCUGGAAGCCACAAUUCGAGACAAGGAUCGGCUUAUUGCUACCCAAGUCGACGAUUAUAGGCGGACCGCUGGGAAUCGUCAGCUGCUCAUCGGCCGUUGCUAUGAGCACUCCACUCAGUUGGCUCAAUUGUCGGACGCAAUCCUGAUGGGAGAUGGGUCUGCGCACCAGUGGCUCAAGCGUCAGCUCGCUGACAAGGACCACAAGAUCCGGACCUUGACUCGCUGCAAGAAGUUCACAUCCUUGGUCAGCGAAUUCCAGAAGCAGAGCCCCUUCCUGGCAGUCGCAGCUAUGCUCGGUCAACCUAUGCCUGGCUUGGAAGCCAAUCAGCUGGAUGCAUUUCGUGACGCCAGCAACUUGCUUCGUCAAGCUGGCUUGGGUGUGUUCGGUGAGGUGGAGCAGCACGUGCAGACUCCGUCUCCAACACCGACUGCCCCGCCACCAAACCGUCCUGUGCGUUCAUCGGCCAGGGCCACCACUCGUGCCUCCACUUCAAGUCGUACACCUUCGUCGAGCCGUGUCCGAUCUCGCUCGCCGAGUCAAGCUACUCCUACGGCUGACCGCCGUCUCCGGGCUCGGUCGUCGAGCUCUCCCUUCGCCGGUUUCAGCUCCUUCGGCGAGCAAUCGCUCACGCUCACCAUCGCCUACGACGAGCCAGCACAGUCAACCGAGGCUCCAGCUUCCAGCAGUUCGCCGACUUCGCCCAAGAAACCAAAGAAGAGACGGAUGGCUCGUUGGGCUCGCAUCCAGGAGGCUCGGCAAGCGGAGUUGGCGAAGCAGGGCUCUGCACCUGCUCCCAAGAAGCAGCGCUCGUCGAACAAGAAGAGACGGUCACCGAGUCCCGCGAGCGAGGGUUCGCUGACUGAGGAGAAAGCUCCAGUGCCUGCUGCUGCUGAGCAUUCUACUGGGCUGGUCGACUCAAUCCCUUCGCCUUCUUCCCGGUACCCUCAGCGAGCGGCCAAGUUGAACGCCACGGUUAUCCAGUGGGAGGUUCAUGCUCAGGAGUCUGACAACGACUCGGAGGAAGCUGUCACCUCUGGAGUUACCGAAGAGGUGGGCGAGACACUGGAGGAUCCAGUUGCUGUUGAGAGUUCACCGGGCGGCUUUACCGCCACUCCCGUGGUCGGCGAGGCUUCUCCGGCGACGCAAGUCGAGGCAGCUUCUACUCUAGCAUCGCUGAGCUCUGAGGCUCCACCCGCACUUACAACGAGCUCUGUCAUGAUCCGGGUCCUGUCUCCUGGUAAGCAUCCUGCUUGGAGUCCGGGGAGUCCGGACGAAGACGACGACGCUGGAGAUAGCGACAGCGAUCGCGAUGUUGGUUCGGCGGGAGGUAGCCCUGCUACAACUUCUCCCAAUUUGUCGGGCCAGCCAGUCGCACCUCCGGGCAAGCCUGUCGUUGGCUCUGAAUCCAAUGAUGGCGGCCAACAGCAAGCUUCACCUGCCGAUCAUGGAGAUGAAGACGAAAGCUUCGCUCAGCUGGCGCUAACGAGCACGAAGGACUCCACCGGCAAGGCUCCCGUCAAGCCUGCAGGACCGUCCAAGAAGGUUCCGGUCAAGGCUGCUUCCGCUCCAGCGAGCAAGAAGAAUAAGAGCUCGGCGAAGGUGGUCAAGUCGGCGAAGCCAGCUACUCGUUCCUCCUCAUCCGCCGCUAAAACUCCGGUGGGCGAAUCUAAGCCUGAGGUUGUCAGGGUCAAGCUCGAGGGCUUCGGCGCGGGGCUGUUCUUCAGCGGGCAUUUCCCGAUCUCACAGAAAACCCUCGUGCAGCGUGCGUCGAACGCGACCAGUCGGGACUCUCGCGAGUCGAAGUACAUAAAGCGGCUCCGUUCUCUUCCGUUCUUCCACAAGGCUUCGCGUCGCUGA